GGCAGGGCACGCCCCUGCCCCUUACCGGAAGCGGCUUCCGCGCGGCAUUUCCGGUUCCUGGCGCGCGCCUCUCCGGUGCCGCGCGGCUGGCGGGAGAGGCGGCGCCAUGGCGGGAAUCAAAGCGCUGAUCAGCCUGUCCUUUGGGGGAGCGGUCGGACUGAUGUUCUUGAUGCUCGGAUGCGCCCUGCCCCAGUACAACCACUACUGGCCACUGUUUGUUCUGUUUUUUUACAUCCUUUCUCCUAUCCCGUACUGCAUAGCAAGAAGAUUGGUAGAUGACACGGAUGCUACAAGUAAUGCCUGCAAGGAGCUGGCCAUAUUCCUUACAACAGGCAUUGUGGUCUCAGCAUUUGGGCUGCCCAUAGUGUUUGCAAGAGCAGAACUGAUUUACUGGGGCGCAUGUGCACUCGUUCUCACCGGGAAUACGGUCAUCUUUGCCACCAUCCUAGGAUUUUUCUUGGUCUUUGGCAGCAAUGACGACUUCAGCUGGCAGCAGUGGUGAAAGGAAGAUAAGAGAACUAUCCACAGGCAUCUUGUCAUGCAGUGGCCAUCCAUACAAAUGAGAGAAUGGGCAAUAAAGAGAAGUAGCGUAGCAAGCCUCUUGAGUAUUCUAGAUGCUCCUUUUGACGUUGUUUGUUCUGAGUGUACUACUGUUGCUGACAGAGUUUCUACGUUUUAUGAAGUGGAGGGAUUAUUGAUUUCAUUUUUACCUAUGGUAUGUUUUUAGGUGCUCUCUUGGUUUAAAAUUGUCAUCCUUAUGUCCAAUGUUUUAUGUGAAGCUUUAAACCAGGAACAACAUUUAAACAUAGUUUCAAAGAUUUAAAGUUGGGGGAUUUUUGUUGGGGUUUUUCUUUGUUGGUGGUUUGUUUGGUUUUUUGGUUUUUUUUUUAAGUUAAGCAUUAACAUAGUAAUGUUUAAUUUCUUUGUUUUUAAUACCAAGAUUAAGUUAUAUACAAGCUGAAUGGAAGUAAAAGAUUGUCCACCACCAUUGCCAAUUACCAGAUCAAUAGAUUGUUGCUUUAUUUUAGCAGAGGCAAGGUGGGUUGGAGAGUACCGGUUGCAGAUUUUCUUCUGCCUAUACCUCAAACUGGGUGAUGAAUGUUGAUAGCCUUCAUUUCAGGAGAAAGCUGUGGAGCAGGUAAAGUUAUCUGGGAGAAAAGUCCUAAAUUUUAACACCACUAGCUCUUUUACCUGCUUUGUUAUUGAUUCUGUGGAUGUGACAUUCAAAUACUCUGUAAAUGUAUAGAUGCUGACAUACAAAACUGAAGUGUAUUGUAGGGGAAGUGAAAAUGAUGUUUAAAUUCCAUUUUUUAAAAAAAAGUAUCUUUUGAACUCUUUCUUAUAAGCAUUGUAUGGUUUUGAACUUUUAUGUCAACUUUUUACCACAAAGAUGGUAAAAUGUUCAUUUAUGGAACUACUGGUCUGUGUUAAUUUGAUGCAUAUACAAAGCUAUUUACUCCUCCCCAUUUUUAAUUUAUUUUAUACAUAGCAUAUAUAUAUAAAUAUAUAAUAAACCAGCUUUUAAAAUGUAGAUUAAAACUUCGUGUUAAAAUUGCCUAAGAAUGAGUUUUCCCACUUCCCCCUUUUUUUUUCUUCCCUCCUCAAUGCAGCUGAGGCACGACUUUUUUGGAAGUCAUUGGCUGAACUGAUUUCACUUGACUGUUUUUAAGUUCUUAUGCACUGUUGGUUAAUAAGAUUUACUGUUAUGUCUGUAACUGUAGCUUGUGUUCUGUAAGAUUGCACAUGUAGCUUCAAAGUAUUUAAGACAAGUUUUCUGCAUACCUCUCAAUUGUCCGGAUUUUUCAUUUGAAGAAAUCUGCCAUUGGACAUUCCAUCACAACACAGUUGAUGAGUACCGCUUAACCAGGUUUGCCUGUACCACGUGCAGUGAUGACCAAACUUACUUCUAAACUGUGUUUUUCAAAUCUUUAAAAACAAGUCUAUGAAACUUAACGAUGUGUAAUUGAAAGCUUAGGUUUUGCUCAACAGUAUGAAAGGGCAGAGAACUGCAGGUCUUGGCUGUAGUAUUUGUGUGUGGAUGCAAAUGAAGUAUAAAGUUUGCAUAUAUAUAUAUGUUUACAAAUGUAUAUGAAUAUACAAAGUCUGAUAGUAAUGGGGUGUGCUCCAGGAACUGAUAGUGGCAGCUGGGGGCAACUGGGGUGUAGGUACCUCCAUACACUGCUUUGUUAAUGUCCUGUGUGUGGAACAGAGGAACAAGCAGGUGCCAAGGCUCCAGAGCAGAUGUGUUUCAAGCAUAAGCAAGUGCUUCACCAGGCUGCCUGCAAUGGUGGCGUUUGGAGCUGCACAAGGGCUGUAGGAUCACUUGUUUCUUUCCCUUUUUCAGCAAGAUUUCUGCGCCCAUGCCCCCAGUACAAUGGACGCUUCAAAAAUCUUCCAAACCAGUGGCUAAAGUUGCAAUCCUCUGCAGUCCUUAUGGAGGAGGAAUCUCUAGGACUUGUACACAUAUGAUCUGUUACCUAUUACUUUUUCAUGGUCAGGAAUUGUUUUCUCCUUCUUUCCUGAAGCCAUGUAAUGCUACUCUCUGGAUCACUGGCCAUGGAGCUGACUCUGUAUGUAUUGGUGAUGCAUUUUUUGUUUGUUAAUUGUAUUACAGCAUUCUCGCCUUGCUUGCACACCAAGUACAUGCAGUAUUGCUCUGAUUCACGAGCGGGACACUUGAGAGGUAUGAUCCUUCCAUAUAAUAUGCACUGAGAUUGUGUUACCAUCCUUCUAGAGGGAAAAACUUUGAGCGAUACAAAUUUUAAAUAGCAAUCUUGAGUUCUGUAUGUUUAAUCAAAAAUACUCUAAUAAAAAGAGUAUUUUGUUUAAAGUA